AUGGGCGAGUCCGAGGACGAGUUCAGGGCGCUCCCCGCAGGGGGCCUCCGACGACGCCGACGACGCCGAGGGGGCGCCGAGGGGGAGGGGGAGGGGCGCCCGGGGCCGGGCGAGGCGGGGGCUCAGCUGCCGCCGCCGCCGCCGCCCGAGGCUGACGGGGCCGCCCCCGGGGGGCUGUCGCAGGGGUCGUCGUCGUCGUCGUCGUCCGCUUCUGCCGCCCCCCGCCGCCUCCCGCCGCUGCCCCCCCGCGCAGACGCCGCGGCUCCUCCGCCACCGGGGCCCGGGCACGACUGCCAGCAGGACCCGGGCGGCGCCGCCCGCCAGCAGCACGGCCGCAGGCGCCCGGAUGCCCCCGGCCCGGCGGUGCCCGAGUGCCCCAUCUGCGGGCAGCGCUUUGGCACGGCCAAGAGCCGAGGCAGCCACUUGAAGCGCUGCGCUGCCAGGAUGGACGUCCCUCCCACGCUGCUGCUGCAGGCCGUGCGGCGGCAGCAGGAGGAAGCGGCGGCGGCGGCCUGGCCCUGCGGCCCUGGUCUCCCUCCGGCCCUGAGCGGCUUGAAGCGCAAAGGUGCUUCUUCUGCAGAGCCCUCGGCCAAGAAGCCCAAGAAGGCGGCCCGGUUAGACGGUGUGGAUGAGGACCUGCUGCUGGCGGUGGCCAUGUCACGCUCUCUCCUGGAGGAAGAGACGGCAGCGGCCAAAUUGCUGGCCAGGGGGAGGCAGGACGGCCCUUCGCGAGGCAGGAAGCCCCCCAGAGCAGGGAAAAAGAGCCGCGCGAAGCCUGCCCGCUCGCCGCCUCCGCUGCUGCUUCAGGACCCGGAGAAGGCGCGCCAGGAAACGGAGCGGCGUGUAGCAUCGCUGCUUUCAGAGGCGGAGGAAUUCCCCAGCACCCCUCCGCUCCCCGGCAGCCACCUGGCCUCGCCCAAAGGCCUGCAGAGGAGGUCGCUGUGGGAGUUCAGCUCCUUAGCCGGGCCGUGUGCAGCUGCAGGGAGCUUCCGUGCCGUGGGUCUGCUCCCUCCCCUUCCUCCGCAGUGCCCAGUCCAGAGCCCAGUGCCUGGCAGCCCCCCGGAGGCGGAGCCUGUGGUGCCUGACGCUCAGCCUGUUCGAGGCCCAGGCCGUGGGGACCUUCUUCACGGCAGCGUGGCAGAGCCAAGGGAGGAGCUGGCCUGCAGCCCGAAAGACGCUGAGGCGCUGCAGGACCUCACGGAGCUGGCUGGCGAAGGGCUGACGCUCACCCAGUGGGGCCUGGAGGUGCAGCGGCUGCAGGGGGCAGGGCAAGAGCCGGCGGAGAAGGGUGCCCUGCAGAGCCGUCCUGUCCACUCCCAGGAGGAGGAGGAAGAGGAGGAGGAGGAGAAGCCGUCCCCAAGAAGUUGUCAUCCAGCACACCCGCUCGAUUCGUUGGCUGCGGCCUUCAGGGGUAUGGUCAACAACCCCCACUUGAGUGACAUCCAGUUCCAGGUAGACAGCGGGGACCUCCUCUACGCCCACCUGUUUGUGCUCUACGCGCGCUGCCCGCAGCUCAUGCAGAUGGCUGACCGCCAAGGCUUCACAGUGGCUGAAGACGGGGCAGCCGAGACGUGCCGCGUGCUGCUGAACGACGUGCCCGGGGAGGCCGUGCGGGUGUUCUUGAAGUAUCUCUACACGGCCGACCACGACAUUCCUCGCCACGUGCUGCCAGACGUGGAUGCUCUGGCCACGAGGUUCGGAGUGGCGGAGCUGGCUGCUCUGUGCAGAGCCCAGCCUGGUCCAGGGGUGUCUAGAAGAGAGGAAGAGGAGGAGGAGAAGGGGGAAGGAGGUACAGCUGCCACUGAAGAAGAUGACGGCCGAGCGGAGACCUUUGAGGAGCUCUUGAAGUCCAUGUGGCUGGAGGAGGACGAGGAGGAUGCUCUGCUGAAAUGCGCCCGCCAAGGCAGCGCGAGCAGCAGCAGGGACCACGUCAGCGGGCCGGAGCUCGAGGAGAUCUACGCCUUUGCCGCUACUCAGCGCAGGGCAGCUCCAGGCAGGGCGGAGGAGGACAGGGGCAGCCGGCAGAGCCAGCGCAAGGAAGGCGGAGGACGGGGGCCCCCCGGGGAGGCCUGGUCGAGGAAGGGGCUGGAGGAGCCCCCGGCAGCCGUGGCCACUGGGGAGCGCCAGGAAGAGAGAGAUGCUCUGGGGCAGCUUCCGCUGGGGGCCCAGCAAGAGGCCGAGGAAAAGAGGCCCCCAAGAGCAAACGCCAGCGGAUCAUCCCCAACGCAGGCCCUCCUUGGGUGGGCUGAGGCUUCGAAGGAGGGCAGCUCCCCAGAGCUCCCAAGGGCGUGGCAGGGAUCCCCCAAGAGCCCCCCUGCCAGGGAGCCCAGCACCGGCUCAGCCGACCAAGACACCGUCCCCGGGCAGCCUCCCAGCCCUCCCCAGGGGCCGCCGAAGGACCUCCGGCCGGCACGGGGGCUGUUCCCCAGCGACCGCCAUGGGCCUGUCUUGCCCAGGGAUGACUCACCCCCAGGAUCCUCUGCCGGAGGCCCCUCCCAUGCUGGCCCUCUGCUUCAGUCUGCAUCGCAGCUGCCGUGCGCAGUCGGGCGGCUCUCUUCCUCUUGGGACGGCCAGCAGGAGCACAAAGGCAGCAGGAGGCGAAAGAGCUCAGAGAGGCCCGGCUGUGGGCCACGUCCUCUCCAGGCAGACGCCGAGGCUGCCCUCAUUGUGGUGCUGGAUUCUGAUGAAGAGGUGGAGCUGGGGCAAGGGACGGACCCGGGUCGCUCUGGGCCCAGCCCGGGGGCCUCCGGACGUAGGCUGAGCUGGGGGGGGGCGGACGUCUCCGGCAGCCAGGGGCCAUCCCCCCACCCGUAUCGGAUGACUGCAGUCCCUUUGCUGGCAACGCUAGUCUGUGAGGAUGCCGGCAGCCCCCCGGGCGAAAGCCCAUGGCUUUGGGGUCUGAGCAGUGGUGAGGAGGACGGCAGCUACGGCGAAGGACGGACUCUGCUGGUCCCAGACACUCCUCUGCUGAGCAGGCUGGAGGCAAAGCGCAACGGCACGCCUGGGCCUCGAGAGCCAUGGGCCCGGGCCAGCCCCACGGCUCUCAGCUCCCCUCCACGCUCUUUCCCAGACAGGCCGUCGCUGCAGAGCUUACUUUCCGCAUGCGACCGGCCUCCCUCGCUGCCCUCGGCUGCCCGCUUGUCCGGCAGUGGCCCAUCCCCCCCGGGGGCUGAUGUGGUGGUGGUGGUGGACGACAGCGAAGAGGAGCCAGAAGCAGCCCCGCCUUUCCCGGGGGGCGCCUCUGCUCCAGGGGGGGCUCUGCCUGCCCGGGAGGAGGCUGCCGGCGGCCCUCUGCCCUUUGUAGGACCCGGAAGCCAGCUGGGGACUCUUCUGCGAAGCGAGGGAGGAAGCCCCAAAGGCCACUUUGGGAAAGGCCGUUCCUGGGAGCCGGCGUGGGCCGGUUGGACCGGAGAGGACUCUGACGACAGCAGCGAGGGGCCCCCCCUCCCUCUCACGCAGAUGCUGCCAGCGUCAAUGCCGCUUGAGGAGACGCCAACGCCACAGCUUGCCCGCCGGGCCAAGGAUGUUCCAUGUACAACUCCGCUGACGCCCCCUUAUUCAGCCAUGGAGACCCCCAAGCUGAAGAAGGAGCUGAGCAGGUUUGGAGUCCGGGCCCUCCCCAAGAGGCAAAUGGUGCUAAAGCUGAAGGAAAUCUUCCAGUAUACUCACCCAAAGGUGGGAACGGACUGCCAAGCGCGGCCCAUGCCCUCCCAGCUGCCUCCGCUCCACAGCCCAGCCAAGACCGGCCCGAGAACUGCCCAACGGGCACCGGCCUCCAGCACUCCAAAGAAGCAGCGGCCAGGAUUUUGUCAGAGGCUUCCACCAGGGAGGCCCGAUCCCUCCGGAGGAGGUGAUCCGGGCUGUGGGGAGAUGGCUGAACCGUGCCGUUCGCAGGCUGGAUCUGGGCAGCCAAAGGGGGCGGCGUUACCUGCAGCCGGAUUCCCCGCUGGGGGCAGCACGGACGGCCCGUCCCUCAGCGCUUCGCAGGAGUCGACCGGGUCCUCCGUCGCCGGCAGCGAGGCCUCCGUGACAUCGCAGAGCUCUUCAUCAGCAGACUUUGAGAGCAGCACACUGGCAGCGGAGGAGGAGGAGGAGGAGGCGGAGGCGGAGGCGGAGGCGGUCCCGGCCUCUCAGGCUGCGGCCCGUGAGGCACAAAAGCUGGCGGCCUUGCAGCACUACCUUCGUUCCAAGCCGGCGCUCCACCGCCAAAUCUUGCGCUACCAGCCCAUCGAGCUGGCUGUGCUACAGGCGGAACUGAAGCAAAACGGCAUCAGGAUUGCGCUGAGCAAGUUGCUGGACUUCCUGGACGUGCGCUGCAUCACCUUCACCACGGCAGAAGCCCGCCGAGAGAAGCAGCUCCGCCACAGGACCAAGAAAAAGGGGAGGCGGCGGCGGCUCUGAGCCCCUGCUGGGGGGCAGCGCCGUGUCCUUUCUUUGCUGCUGGCUCAUUUCCCCUUCGCUCCAGCUUGCUUGUCGCCAGGGAGAGUAAGUGGCCUGUUGCUGCCGCGACUCUUCCCCUCCCCAUUCGUUUCUGGGCUGCAGCGGAGCGUUGCAGGAGGCCUGCGCCGUGAGCGGAGCUUUGCCUUGGGAGCAAACAGCCCCUUCGCCUGUGGCCACCUCGGAUCCGUGCCCCGUGUGGGUCCCCGGCACAGCUGGAUCAGUCAGUGAGGGAGACCUGCUGGCUGGCUUCCAUUCUAGCCACCUCGUGGGUCUCGCGGUGCCAUUGCCCGUUUUCCACUGGCCAAGACUUGAGGAGGUUUGGUCAUGCGGAACUUUUGUUUUCUUCGGGCUUGAGUGUGUCUCCCUCUCCACCACCUUCUUUAAUGCUACUUUUAUACAGGUGAGCUUGACACGCCGGUCUAUAGAAUAAAAAUUAUUUGCAAGGUUGA